AUGAGUAAUGCAAUGUUUUAUAGACACAAAAAUAUGAUUUCUGGAGAAUCAUGAGACCGAUACAUUACAUAUGGCAAUUUUACUGAGAUUCUGCGAUAUAUUCGUUUCGACAAAAGAAAUCAGAGAAGUCGACGUUUGCAAACAGACAAAUUCGCUUUACCCUCAGCAGUUUGGGACAAAUUUAUUGAAAACAGUCAAAAUUGCUUCAAACCGGGAGUUUAUAUUACUGCGGAUGAGCAACUCUUUCCAACGAAGGCCAAAUGCAGAUUUACCAAGUAUAUGCUAAACAAACCCCAUAAAUUUGGCAUAAAAUUCUGGCUAGCCUCUGAUGCAUAGACGAAAUAUGUGGUAAGUGGGUUUCCGUAUUUAGGAAAAGACGAGGCUCGGGAUGCAUCAACCCCUUUAAGCGAAUUUGUUGUAAUGAAACUUCUUGAACCGUAUACCAUGACGUAUCAAAUUGUGACAACCCAUAAUUUUUUAUAAGUUUUUCUUUGGUGUUAAAAUUAAAAUCUAAAAAUACCUCGUUGUUUGGAACAAUACGCGCAAACAAGAGGGAACUGUCGAAAACCUGCAAACUGAAAAAAGAUGGCAUGGCUUGUUUCUCAACGUCGUUAUAUCAAUCCAAUGGAUGCACACUUAUCGUUUACAAGAGCAAACCAAAUAAAAAAGUACUUAUACUAAGUACAAAGCAUAAACACAUCACAAUUGAUAAAACUGCUAAGAAAUUACCUGAAACUGUAUCGUUUUAUAAUAGAACUAAAUUUGGCGUCGAUGUCACUGAUCAAAUGGCACGAGAAUAUACCGUGAAAUCAAGUUCCAGAAGGUGGCCACUUCAAGUUUUUUUCAAUAUUUUAGAUUUAGCCGGAAUAAAUUCUUGGAUAUUGUACAAAAAUACAACAGGAGAAAAUAUCACACGUAAAGACUUUUUGUUUCGAUUAGCAGAAGAGCUUGCUUCAGAAUAUCAGACUUCAAGGCAAAAACUACACGAAGCCAAUAUACCAAUUACAAGUGGCACGGUUCCUGUACGCAAAUGGAUCAAAUAGGAUAUUGCACCAACAAUAAGACUACAAAAAUUUGCAAUACAUGCAAAAAAAAUGUAUGCGGAAAGAGUACACACAACAAAAUCUACAUAUGUAAAAAUUGUAAUGGACAAACUGUAAACAAUUGAGCGUUUUGUUUCUUGAUAGUGUCUAUUAAUCCAUUUAUCUAUUAAAAUCGAUAUUAAUCAAUUUUUUUCGUCAUGUUUUAAGAGUGAAUAAAAACUGAAAGCCUCAAUAAGGAUUUUUUUUACACCAGUCAUUCUGACUGGUUUUGGUAGAAAUGUAUAUUAAAA